AUGUCUUCAAAAUUCGACGACGAUCGAGAACAGCGUCGUCGAGCGCUUAAAGAGGGCGAAUGGGCGUGUGUGGACGCGAAAUGUGCACAAGUGAACGAUGAAUCACGUUCAGUGUGCGAAGAAUGCGGAAAAGGUGACUAAACCGGGCGGAAUUUAUCGAUUUUUCACGAAAAAACAUGAAAAGCUUCGUUUUCAAUGAAAACGCAUUCUUUUCAGCAAAACCGCGCUCGAAAAGCAAAAUUGGAAAGGAAUUGGGCAAAGAGAUGGCGGAGAAGUCGAAAGGAUUGUUCGCCGCCGAAGAUUGGGUCUGUUCCAAGUGAGUUUUUGGGGAAAAACGUUUUUCUUCGAAUUUCCUUCAAAACUUACGUGUUCAGAUGCGGAAACGUGAAUUGGGCGCGUCGGAAGACGUGCAACGUGUGUAACGCCCCGAAAUUGGCUGAUUUGGAGCGGCGCACCGGCUACGGCGGCGGUUACAUGGAUCGGCAGGAUGUGGAGUACGUGAAAAGGGACUACGACGAGGAAUUCGACGAGUUUGGACGGAAAAAGAAGAAGAAGGGUGAGGUUGGUAGGCAUGAUUUUUAAUAGACUGUUUUUUCCCACGUUCCGACGAUGUUCCUCACAGAAAACUCAUAAAGUCGAUAAUUUUGCAGUCGGAUCCGUCGAGAGAGCGAGAAGAAGGCGAAGAAUCGGAUGAAGAAGAGGAAGUGGCAAAAAAUGAGGAAGAAGAAGAAGAAGAGGACGGAGAAGACCUCGGAAAGUACGAUUUCGACUUUGAUUCCGAUCCGGAGCUCGUCAAAAAGGUGGAAAAUCUGAAGAACAAGAUUGUGGAGAAAACUGUGAACGGAUCGACCGCCUGUGAUGAGAGCGAGUGAGUUUUCGAUAUGAAAAAUUCGGGAUGUUCUAGUGUUUUUUCAAAAUCUUCAAGCAGAAAACACUGUUUUCACGGUUUUCAGUCUGCAAAACUCUAUUUUUCAGCUGCUCAUGUUCGUGCUCGGGCGGCGAGUGUUCCUGCCCGGAAAGUGAAGAUGAGAAGGAAAAAGAGCAACGGGACCGUCGGAAAGUGCACAAAUCGUCGCGAGAACGCGAUCGGGACAGUUACAGACGGCGGAGUGCGUCGAGAGAUCGAAAAAGAGGAAGAAGGAGCCGGAGCCGGAGCAGGGACCGCCACAGAGACGAUCGCAGGGACCGCAAGAGGUGAAAACGCUGAAAAUUUAGCGAACAUCUCAAAAUUCAUGUAUUUUUCUUGCAGAACUCGAUCGCGCAGCCGUGA